GCGCCCGAGCAACCGUGUUGCCCCAAGAUUCCCUGAUGAUUGAGCUCGGCUUCGGUUCUCUUCUCCAAGAAUUUUGCCCUAUCCUUCUCAAUCCUCGUUACCUGGAACACCCCUCCCUCGGCCCCUCCCGCUUCCCUCAGCUUUUUGAUGCCUUCGUUUUCUUACAGCGGGGUUUCCCAGCCACCAGAUCGUGGGUUAUUGCUGCGGCAGCGACCAGAAAUGCCCCGUCUGCGGCGGGAUCUUUAGUAAGAGUGGUAUGGGACGGCAUGACAUCGGUGGCGCUGAGGGCAUCGGUCGGACCCUCUCCGGUGGGCUCCGGGCGUGGCGGUGCCCGGACAUGGACGGCGUUAGGGUUGUUCUGGAUUCCGCGGAAAUAUGUGGCCGGAACUCGACGCGGAGUCGACUUCUUGGGGGAUUCAUUGCAAAGUAGAUGCUUCUUGCUCCGUCAACUGGUAAACUCAGAAUGAACACAUUGCAUUCCCCAAGAUUAAGGCUUAGUGCCUUUUGCCAUGGUUGCUAUCUCCCGAAGCAACAGAAGUUUGUGACUUUACCCUGAAGUCUAUAAAAGUUAAUCUGCAGUCUGAUAUGCUUUUUGCUACAAAAAAUCAAACAGCACAGCUACUGAUUUAGGACUGUAUGCACUGGUUUAUCAGUUUUGGCUGAUUGUAUUAGUUUUAAACACUAAUCAGUCACUCUUGCAUUCAAAAGUUUGUUUUCCUUGCAUAGAUGCAACAUGCUUAUUCAGUAAAUAAUAAUAAAGAUCAUGAAGUAAUUGGGAA